GUCAAUUCAAAAGAACAAGAUCUUGCGAAACGUUGUCACUGCAGCGCGACGCUGCUCCGCACACACGGUGGUGCAAGCCAGUGAGGACUUGCAACUGCGCCUUUGGGAUAGCCGUAGCUCGCUGGGCAAAGGACCAGUGAUGGCUGUACGCGCAGGUCCCAACCAACUGAUCUGCCUGGACGUGCCACAGGCGGACGCGGAGAACGGCGGUGCCAGCUGGCUGGCCUGUGGCUCCAAAGGCUUCAGCCGCGAGAACUGCGAGGUGAAGGUCUUCGACCUCCGAGGUUCUUUGCGGCAGCAGGCAGCCCUCGCCUGCGCGGAUCAGACCAUCGAGGCCCUACAAUGCCUGGGCCGUGACCAGUGUUUGAUUGCCAGUAAGGACGUCCAUUUGCGGGCCAUCGCCUUACCCCAGCCCGAGGUUCUGUGGGAACGCCGCGGAAGCCAUGCGGGCUACACGGCGUUAGGCCUGGCCUCGUCGCGUUGCCUUGCUGCCUCGGUCAGUGCAGACAGGGUGGCCCUAGAGCUGCUGGCCGUGGGAGAAGAAGCCAAGUUGUUAGCCUCCAGCGGGUGACAAAAUGCCAGCCGAUCUCAUUAGGAGAAGCGACAAAUCCUCCGGUGAUUCAUAAUGGUGUUU